AUGAAUCUUUUAGAGGAAUCAUCUGAAUAGCAAAAUAAUCCCUUCACUUUAGAUUUAUAAGUAAACAAAAAUUUUUUAAAUAUUGGUUUUUUUAUAUUAAUUUAUCAAAUUAAUAGAUUAAGCAAAUUAGUUGGAGGAAUAUUUAAACCUUUACAGUUAUUAAAUUUCCAAAAAUCCAGAAAGCUCGUUAAACUAUUUUAUGAAAGGUAUUUUAAUUGUUAUUAUAGAGCAAAUACUUUAUUAAUGUUAAAUUAUUAAGAAGAAGCUUUAGAAUAGUAUAAUAUUGCAAUCUUAAAAAAUAAUAAGCUUCCAGAUUAUUAUUUUAAUAAAGGUAUAGAUUAUUCAAAUGAUAAAGCGAUUACCUUAAGUAAAAUGAACCGAUUAGAGGAAGCUCUUAAUUAUUAUGAUAUUGUGAUUUCUCUUCUACCUUUAGACUCAAAAAGUUAUAUAAAUAAGGGUGAUGAUUAAAUUUUAUGA